CAUAACUCGGUCUCACCCCAUCCACCACUCCUUGUCAACCACGUAUCCCAUACGUUCUCCUGUCGUACCUCUCUCCUCGUAAUGACAACUACCUCUUGAUCCUCCCAUUAAAAACACCGCCCAUCUCCCAAGAUGAGGCUGACCGCCGACCUGAUCAACAACUCUCUCUCCUACCUCAACCCCAUCAAAGAGCGUGAACUCGACCUACGAGGCCAUAAAAUCCCCACCAUCGAGAAUCUCGGUGUCGCUGGUCCCCAGGACGCUAUCGACUUUACAGACAAUGACAUCAGCUCCCUCUCGGGCUUUCCCCUCUCCCCAAGACUCAACACUUUACUCCUAGCGCGGAAUCGAAUCCAAAGCGUGGAUAAGAGAAUCGCUGAACAAGUGCCCAACUUGACAACGCUGGUCUUGUCAGGAAAUCAUGUCAAAGAGCUGGCUGACCUUGAUGGCCUGAGUGCGUUGGGCUCUCUGAGACAUUUGAGCUUGUUGGACAAUCCGGUGGUGAGAAAAGAGCACUACAGAUCCUACCUCAUCUGGUCCGUCCCUUCUCUACGAUUCCUCGACUUCCAACGCGUACGAGACGCCGAGCGAGAACAAGCAAAAGAACUCUUGGGAACAAGAGAAGAGCCGACCGAGUUGGCGAGAAAAAUCAAAGGCAUCAAGUCGACUGCCCAGAGUUUUACCGUGGGAGCCGCGACGAAUGGAGACUCUGACUCGGGAGCUCGCAAGGGCGUCCGCACACAGUUGACCGACUCGGAAAAGAAGAGGGUACAAGAGAUGAUCAAGAACGCAAAGAGUUUGGCAGAGAUCACACGGAUAGAAAAGGAUCUCGCCGAGGGAAGGAUACCGCCUGGCGCUGCCGACGCAGAUCGGAUGGUUUCGUGAUAGGCAAAACGACUCUUGACCCGGGCAAGGGAUGUAUGCAUAGAUAUUGAUUGUAUGGCUGUGAGCGACAAAACCGACCUGGAUGGAAAUUCUCUAGUCCAACAAGAAUUUCAAAAACGCCUGACUAACCACCAACCCAUCAUGUGGUAAUGCAACCUUGGAGUUGUGCUCCGCAAACGCCUCGUCAUUGAAGAUUCCCAUUUGAUGUCGUGUCGCAAUGAUCUCCGUCAUGAUCUGUUCGUUAAACUCGGGAUGCCCUUGCACGCUCAUGAGCUUCUUGGGCACAUACAUGCCUUGAACCUGACACACGGACGACGAGCCUAAUGACUCGACACCAGGUGGGUAUUCAAACACGAUAUCUCGGUGCAUUUGGUG